ACACACACACACACACACACACACACACACACACACACAGCCUUUGCGGAAGCCAGAGGAGCCGAGGCGGCGCUAAAUUAAAUUAGCAUACUAACUAUUUAGCAGUGCGCGGAUGUGGAUGGACGGGUGAACGGAGCUGCAGCACAAACACACAGCUUCUACAGACAACACACCGCCGGUCCGGGCUCAUUUUGUCUGGAUCUUGCCGCAGUCCGCCUGCCGAGGAGAUGGGGGACAAGGCGGGCACCAGAGUUUUCAAGAAGUCGAGCCCCAACUGUAAGGUGACAGUUUAUCUUGGAAAGAGAGACUUUGUGGAUCACCUGGACCAUGUGGACCCUGUGGAUGGAGUGAUCCUCGUCGACCCCGAGUAUCUGAAGGACAGAAAAGUCUUUGUCACUCUCACCUGUGCAUUUCGUUACGGCCGUGAGGACCUGGACGUGCUCGGUCUGUCCUUCAGGAAGGACCUCUACAUCUCCACCUUCCAGGCGUUCCCUCCGGUUCCUGAGGAGCGUAAACCCAACAGCAGGUUGCAGGAGAGGCUGCUGAAGAAACUGGGCCAACAUGCGCACCCUUUUUACUUCACUAUUCCUCAGAACCUCCCCUGUUCAGUCACUUUACAGCCCGGCCCAGAGGACACUGGGAAGGCCUGCGGUGUCGACUUUGAGAUCAGAGCUUUCUGUGCCAAGUCGAUAGAAGAGAAGAUUCACAAGAGAAACUCAGUGCGUCUGGUGAUCAGGAAGGUUCAGUACGCUCCAGAGAAACCCGGUCCUCAGCCCAUGGUGGAGACGACCCGAAACUUCCUGAUGUCUGACAGAUCCCUACACCUGGAGGCGUCUCUGGACAAAGAGCUGUAUUAUCACGGAGAGCCCAUCAGCGUCAACGUUCACGUCACCAACAACUCCACCAAGACGGUCAAAAGAGUCAAGAUCUCAGUGCGUCAGUAUGCAGACAUCUGCCUGUUCAGCACUGCCCAGUACAAAUGUCCAGUGGCCCAACAGGAGGCAGAUGACCAGGUGUCGUCCAGUUCCACCUUCUGUAAGGUCUACACUCUGACCCCGACGCUCGACAAGAACCGAGAGAAGAGAGGACUCGCUCUCGAUGGAAAACUCAAACAUGAAGACACCAACCUGGCCUCUUCAACCAUAGUGAAGGAUGUCACCAACAAGGAGGUCCUGGGGAUCCUGGUGUCCUACAGAGUCAAAGUGAAGCUGGUGGUCUCACGUGGAGCGCUGCUGAGAGGCGUGAUGGAGAGAGACGUGUCGGUGGAGCUGCCCUUCAUCUUAAUGCAUCCUAAACCUGUGGAGCCGCCCGUGUCCCGCCCACAGUCAGCUGUGCCAGAGAUGGACCCCCCCAUCGACACCAAUUUGAUAGAAUUCGACACAAACAGCAUCUCCCAGGACGACGACUUCGUCUUCGAGGACUUCGCCCGCCUGCGGCUCAAAGGCGCAGUGGACGACAAAGACGAGGACUGCUAGGAGCUCGCCAGCCUCUUCAUACGCUCGCUUCGAAGCUACCACACACACACACGCACACACACAAACGCCACACACACACACACACACACACACUGUUCACCUUACAUUCCCCGGUGGAGGGGGUGGAUGAGGGCACGUUUGGACGGAGGCCUCGUGGGGGCGUCGGUGGUGUUCUUCCUCUGUUGCUUCAGUCAUUCGUCAUGCCGCCGCCAUUUUUUUUGCCGCCAUCCGUCUGUCUGUUUCUCUUCUCUUUUUUUUUUUCUUCUUUUUUUUUUUAACGCUGAAAAACUCGUAAUGUGGAGCAGCUGCUGGAUGGACGAUGGCGUGUGGAUGGAAUCGUCAAGUGAAGGAAAAAUCUGAUCGGCUGAGAGAAAUAAGAGAGGAAAAAAAAAAGAAAAAGACGUGUAAGAAGCGUAGGAAGUAUUUUGAAAUGUUUUUUUUUGAAUGUCGACCGUUUCACCAUCUUGUACAAACAGAAUAUAUAUUUGAAACAUAGAAAAAAUAAUCUUCUACGAGCUGUCAGGUCUGUGUUCAGUGGUGAUCGCCCUUUUUCCUUUGAUUACAAACUGUCGACGCUUUUACAUCCAGGCUGCGAGGGGAGGACACACAAACCAACAACACACACACACACACACACACACACACACUCUUAGACAGGCGACUUGAUUUCACCAGCAUCCAAUCACCCGCUCUCAUCACUCUGAACCCUGUCGUCCAGUUUCUAAACGGUCACGUCUAUCGGCUGCAUGCUUCUCUGUUCUGCAUUCAAUUCUCUCUUUUUCUGAACUUUUCCAGCGUUGAUCUCGUUUUUCAAAUUGAUUUAAAACACGUUCUGUCAUUCUAAAGUCAAUUUAAAAACAUCAGUCGUCACAUUUCAUCCAAACAAAAGAAACUACCUAUAAAAAUCCACCUCUUAAUACUUCCUGUUUAGCAAACCGGAUCCUGCUGGAAACACAAACCUCCUUCUCAAUUUAUUCAGUUUAAUGUUUGAAACUUUUCCAACUUUUGAACCGGAUAAAAAAAAAAAAAAAGAGUUCAAAUAAUAAGAUGCUGUUUGCGACAGAAGCUGGAAUAAAUGUGGAUCUGCCUUUUAGGCUAUGGUUGUCAACAUUUUAGUUACUUUUUGAUACGAUGUGUUUUAAAACCAUACAAUCUCCCUCAGAAAGAGCUGAAGCCUUAAAGCCUGCAGAGCUUCAGUCAUAGUUUAGACCAGAAGAGAGAGAGAGAGAGAGAGAGAGAGCGCUGAGUAAAUUGCACAAAUAUGUUGGCAACUACCUGGCUGCUUAACGUUGCCUACUGUAGUUCAUAGUUUAAAGCGAACAUAUAUCGUCUGUAAUGACCAAACGAGGGAACAAAAUGCAUUAAAACAGUUUUCACAGUUAGUGGAAUUGUGUGAGUGUAAACUGAACUGCUGUAUUGUACGGCACUGAGACUUUCAACACAAGACGUUCUCAGUUUGAACGUUUGAUAUGUUGACAGAGAAGUCUACAAAAUAUCACCAAUCGCACACUUUUGGUUGUUGCAGCAGGUUUAAAAUGUAUUCCAUUCUGCGCUCUGCUGUUUCUCAGGCUCUCUCAGCUCUACAUUUUGAUUCCUUAUUGGUCACAUUUACUUGUUUCUUUCAUACGCGCCUGUUUUCACUUGUCAGCCCAACCAGCCUGAGGUGAACACUUUAUUUCACACAGUUAGAAUGUAAAGAUGUCACCUCUUCUUCUUUAAUUUAAGUGUUUAAAUGACACCCCUUGUGUAGAAACAUAAAUAUCAAAUAAAUGAUCUUCUUUAGAUUCUUUACAACAUGAGCACAAACUGAUCACGCUGGAAUCGUUUUUAAUGAACUCAAACUUUAGACCUGUGUUGGAGCGCGAGGCUGUGACCUGUCAGGUCUCCUCCUCAGCCCGUCAUGUUUCAGUUUACACGUCAACAACAGCUAGAAUAGACUUUUUUAAUUCUCUUUGGAAACUGAGUCAGUUCUUUACUUUUCACUGAGCUGGGGGUGACUCCUCCUCCUGCAGGUUUAAACCUCCAAACUGUCGACUGUUCACGGGGAACACUGGUGUGUAUUUUAGUUCCUAAUCAAUCAUCUCUCUGUUUAAAAUCUCACCAUCCACUAAUUCAUCCAAACACACUCUGAAAUGAUGUGCACAGAAACAUGUAGGUUUUUUUUUUUUUUUUUUCACAUUAAGUUCAGUCUCGUUUUGUUCUGUAAACUUCAUCGUGCCUUCUACAUCUCUGUUGCCAAUAAGAAAGUCCUUCAAUCAUCACUCUUUUGUGUUUUUGUGACUGGAGAACAAAACUUAGAUUUAGUUUGUUACUUGAAACAGGAAAUACUUUUAAGUUAUAUAAAGGCUAAACUGGAACUUUAAAAAGACAGUUCACUGUUUUUAUUCCCAUCUCAGUACAUUCUUAAUGUAAUUAUAAGGUGGAGCGCAGAUCUUUUUGACAAUUGCAGGAAAGGAAAAAAAUCCCUCAAAAUGAAGGCGGUAAAGAAUUAAUGAAAUGUAAAAGUAUGAAAGCUUAGUUUAAGAUUCAGCAGUUUGGAUGUGGGAGAAGCAGAGAGGGUAUUUUGAUUUCAAUCUCAGAAUAUUUCUGUUCAGAUUUUUAAACACUUGAAAUGCAAAAGAGCGACUCAUUCCAUGAAAGUGUUUUUCUAAAAUCUUAUUUCAAUAAACAAUGACUUUCAUCAAAGAGCAUUAUGAAUAAAAAAAAAGAUGUCUCCAGAUUGAGUAUACUUCAGGAGCAUUCAUCAUUUGCUUAUUUGUUUUUAGUUUUUCGCCUUUUAGUGACAAUUAUUUUUCUUCAUUUACAGUUUACAUUUCUAUUCUGCCAAGUUUUACAAACGAGUUACUAGUUUAACAAAACUCAAACCUAAAACAAUUGCUUUUUCAUGAAUUGUCAUUUUAUUUGCACAUUUCCGAGGAGUAUUAAGAGGAUAAGACUUUUUCCUCUCUUGUGCUCAACGUUGCACGGUCCAUGCUGUUCUAGAAGUGAAAUGAUUUCCCUCAUCAAAUUCCUCAAAACCAUUCCUGAAAUCUUCAACCUUUCACUCAUAAAAUAAAAAAACCUUUUCUAGUUUUCAGAUCUCUAACUUACUUCAAAAUUUGAAUUUGUUUCUUGAGAAAGUAAUCGGAUUCAUAUUUCCUACAACAGUAACCCCCCCCCCCUUUUAAAGAUAUAUGACUAUUGUCAGUCUGUCUUUCAAUCUGCCUUUUCUUUUCAUGACAAUGCUUUGGUUAAGUAUUAUAUAAACUUAAACAUUUAUAAGUUUAUUCUUGUAUGACAAGAACUUUUUUUUGUUUUAGAAUUAUUGGGCUUUUCUUGUAAAAUGAUGACUUUGUUCUCAAAGUUUCAUCUCAUUAAUUUAUUUCCGCCUUCUGACAAACUAAAACACAUAUUCUACAAUCGACCAAAUUGAAGAUGAACAAAGUGCCAAUAAGAAAGAAAGAAAGAGGAGAGUUGAUUCAAACAAAGUGAACAGCACCAGUGUUUCCCAUCAGAUCCACUACAUCAUCACCACCACCAUCUCCUCCUCGUCCUCUUCAUCGUUUCAUUUUCUUCAUCCGACCUCAGACAUGUGAAGGACUUCAUCAGCUCGCCUUUUCAUUGUCCUCUACUCGCUCUUUUUCUCCGUUUUCAUGCAUAAAAACUCAUAAACGGUUUAGAGGAGCUCCGGGCGUAGUAGUCAUAUCUUUCUCUUUGAAAACUUUUGUGUUGGUUUUCCCCCUAAGAAACAAAAAAAAAUGCACGGAUCAACAUUUCAAACGACAUGUGAGCACUGCACUUUCAUUGGACGAAACAAACCCACAGAACUGCAGACGUUAUUGUUAUUUUUGCUCAUUUCAGGAGACAAAGAAGAAGAAUGUUUUUUUUUUUUAAUGCUUGGCCAUUUUAUGACAUUUUUUUUUUUGUUGUGUUUUUGUCAAGUUUUUUAAACUUCACAUAAACCUUCAAACUUUUUUUUUUUCUUUUUUUAUCUAAAAACUGCCAAACUCCCCUCCCUUCGUCCUUUGCUCCGUCACCCAGAAGGGAAGAAGAAGAAACAAACUCAGAGCAUGUUUGAAACUCUUUGAUUUCUUUUGAUUUUGUUUCCAAGCAGUGCUGUGAAUCGUACGAGCUGUGAUUCUGUCCUUAUUUUGUCGUGCAUAUGUGGGGUAAUUUGCUAAGUGUGAAAUUGUUUUGACAAGUGCCACGCCCCGGCCUGUGCGAUGCUUACCUUAAUGUCUAUAAAAAAGUGAUUUCUGCUGGUGGCACCGACACCAGAAAAGAUAGAGUUCUGAUUAUUAUGCUUCUGAUUAUUAUUAUUAUUAUUAUUAUUAUUAUUAUGGUGACUAUUAUUACUUCUACUGUAUCAUCAUUGCGACCAUGAUUAUUCUCAUAAUCAUCUAAGAGUCUGUUGUUUUGCCAUGUAUUUUUUAUUUUGAGAUUUUUAUUUUAGUUUUCUUUUUAUUAUUAAAGGCAAAAUGAACUAACA